UUGACAAUUGAAUCUGACAUUUGUAUUUUUAGCAGAAAAAAAAGACAUAGGUACUCUUCAGGAAAAUAACAAAACUGACGUGUUCCUAUUGUAAUAACUUGCUCGAAAAUUCGUUGUUUCAUCACAUUCAUGUAGUUAAUUCACAAUGUCGGACACCGAAAGACUUGUGGAAAAUGGUGAACCGGCGAACGAGACGUCGGAGCGCGAACUUUACUUCAAGGCUCUGAGAUUGUGGAUACAGCAAGCGCAAAUGUACCAGAAUUUAUCGACAUGUUUUCCUUAUUACAUGAUGACACUGCAGGGGCUGCAGAGCACUACGACUAAUGUGCCGUUGCUCAAUAACAACUACCAAUUUCAAGGACAACAGUUGCCAUUCCAAGUUCCUGCUCCUCCAAGACUACCAGCUGAUAACCAGGCCCCGGCAGAACCGCAAUCUCCAGCACAAACAAUAGCAAGUCAUGGGGGAUUUGAAUAUGUAAUACCAUCAUUGUACAAAAGAAUUUUGGCUGAGUUAAUUGAUUUCAUGCUCCUAUUUAUACUUAAGCUCCUUGUUACCUUCAUAGCUGUGGAUAUGUUUGAAUUGAUUGAUCUAGACAAGUUUGAUUUCUACAAAUUCAGCGAGCACUAUGAUGACUACAAGUUUGCAAUAGAACUGACAUCUGAAAUACUUCUACUAGAAAUCAUUUAUAGGACUUUAGUCUGCAUAUUUGAGGCAUUUUGUCUAAGUGGUAGCGUGGGACGGACGGGCGGUGCGACCCCAGGCAAAGCCCUACUCGGCCUUCGAGUCGUCACAGCCUCAGCCGUCAUACCUGUGGAAGGAAGACCCAAGGAGACUGUCCUGCUGUACCCUGGCAAACCCUUGAGCUUCUUGCUAGCGCUAGUCCGCUCCCUCAUGAAGAACUUCCUAAUAUCUCUGCUGUUCCCUCUGUGUGUUGUGUUAUUUGUGUUCCGUCACAACCGUACGGGUUACGACCUAUUGUGUGGUGUUAUAGUGGUAGAAGAGAACAUGUUUCCCCCGAGACGGCAUGCUCCGUAGUCUUUGAUUUGUUUAUUAUUUAUUUGACAGACAUACAUAAGAUAUGAGGUAUGGUGUAUUGUAAAACCAUAGUACAUUCUAGUACAUUCUGUACAGUGAACAUAUGACACUGACAUGACAUUGUAUUUGUUUCUUUGUGUAAUACUACUUACUAGGGCCUAAGGUUUGUUAACAAUUUUUAUUCUUAACUGAAAUAACAGGUCUAAACGUAUUGCUAUCUCUUUCAUAAUACUUUCCGUGGAAGAGGAUAGCACUAGAUUCAGAACUUUCGAUUAAGUUUAACAUUUGAACAAUUGACAAUCGAUUCAUUGGAUUGUUUGUUUCGCAACAAUUGCCCAUCGGUUAUUUAAGCCUAGUUUGCAGUACACCAUAUAUGUUAAGUACCUACAUUUAAAUUGGUUCAACAUUUGCUGGCAAGCAGCACCUAAUCUAUGUUUGCUUGUAAAAUAUAGAAAAAUUAAAAAUGACCGGGUUAACAAUUUAUAGGAAUUUAACCAGUAACCAAAGAUAUUGCAUUCAUUGAACUUUUUUUUAAUCCUUUAUUUAUAGGCUUUUACCAUCGAUGGCUUUUACAUUUAUGCAUGUCAGCCUCAUUGAACUUGUUUAAUCAAAAUUCUGAUUUUAUGAAAGUCGAAAUUUAUUUAGAGAAUAUGGAAAGAAUUAAGUACUUGUACAAACUAAAAGUAUAUAAUGUAAUAGGGUAAGAAUAAAAUUAAAUCUCUUUCUUUAAAACCAUUGUGUUAAAGGACUUUUGUUGUGUUCAAAUGUGGAAUUUUGUUUUGUAAUGGUGUAAUGACAAAAAAAAAAUCUAUGGUGUUCUAAAAAAAGUUCUAUGCAUGGAGACUUCUGUCCUAUGAUUAUUAUUAUAGCUCAUCAAACAGCAUUGUAAUUUUGUAAGUAAGUAAUAAAAAUGGUAGCUAUUUCUUUCAUAUGCAGGAGGCACUUGUUCGAGCGGCGACAAUUAGCGAGAAACGAGUUGAGCUAAAACUAGAAACUAGUUGGCGAUCAAUGAGUAGCGAGUGUAUAGUUGGGAUGGUUUUGUCGCUGGGCUAUGAGCGAUUUGCUUAUGCGACGGGCGAUUAGUCGUGCUGGUCGCCCGGAUAAGCGGCCGAGACAUAACUAGGUACAUACUUUGAUUCCGACGCAAACUGCGAGUGUUUCGACCUCCAGGAGAGCGUCGCUGAGCGAGUUUUUAUCUUUGAUAGCUCUAGCCACGGUGACGAAGUAGUAUAUUAAAAGUUGAUCGCCGACAAUGCACAAUCAGCGAUCAAUUUUUGAUAUAUUUAUCUCUUUUAUUGACAGAACCAUACAUCAAUUGUACGUUUCACGUAUCACUAUUGAUGCACUAUUUUCGCUUCCUCGUCGGUGGUGGACACUGGUCAAGUGCUAUCUUUGUGGCCCCUCUGAACAUUGAACACAAAUUUCAGGUAUCUAACAGCAGGACUGGACGUAGCCCUUCUCCCCCUAUGCGCUUACUAUGCCCACGAGCUUCUUUAUUGGUCGGUUAAACCCGCCACGUGGUUCAGAGGGGUCAUAUUAGAUUGCCGAUUACAGCUGUACCUGUGUAUAUUGUGAUAAAACUGUAAACCAAUGGAAUAUGUUGAAAACAUAACUUUUGAGAUAAACAGUAAUAAUAAUAUUUUACUUGAAAAAAUAUGUAACUUUAAUAUUUUGAAAGUACUUCAGAUAUUGAAGUUGCAUAGUUUCACUAUGGUUUCACUGAGCUAUAAUGUACUAGCGUACUAUUAUAAUAUUAUGUACAAUACAUAUUAGGUACUUCAAUGAUAUUUUUGUGAUAAUUUUCAAAUUAUUAUUUUGUACAGUUAUAUUAUUUGAGUAAAGUUUUAAACAUUA